ACAGAAAGAAAGAAAGAAAGAAAGAAAGAAAGAAAGAAAGAAAGAAAGAAAGAAAGAAAGAAAGAAAGAAAGAAAGAAAGAAAGAAAGAAAGAAAGAAAGAAAGAAAGAAAGAAAGAAAGAAAGAAAGAAAGAAAGAAAGAAAGAAAGAAAGAAAGAAAGAAAGAAAGAAAGAAAGAAAGAAAGAAGUGUAGGCAUAUAUAAUGCCUCCGGCUUAUAUGACGUAAUAUGAUGGCGCCGCGGAUGGCAGCCACGGUGAGUCGCUCUGUUUCUUUGGCUUACUUUGUGUGUUUUCUGUGUCCUCUGCUGUCCAUCCCGGAUCACUUUUACCAGAGAAGUGCUGUUAAACAUCGGACAGGCUUCUUCUGGUAUUUUCUCUCCUGUUCUCUCCGAUUCAGACCGUUUGUCGGAGAUUCCAGCCGUAGCGGCGGUGCUGUACAAGCUAGCGCGACGACGGCGGCGCGGAAAACGAGCCGGAGCACUCGUAAGGCUGAGACAGAGAGGGUUCCGUUCUGCCCUACCGUCAAUUCAUCCGGCGAAUGUCCGCUCCCUGGCGAACAAGAUGGACAAACUGCUGCUCCUCACUUCAAGGAACACGGACUUCAGCAGAUCUGCCGUGCUGUGCUUUGUGGAAACGUGGGCGAACGAACCCCCCACCACGCCGUGGAGUUAGCGGGGUUUUGGCUAACUCGUGCAGAUCGCAGCGCGGAGCUCUCCGGAAAAUCAAAGGGAGGUGGUCUCUGUUUCUACAUUAAUGAACGUUGGUGUACUGAUAUCACGGUGUUGAAAGAGUUUUGCAGCCCUCUCCUAGAAACACUUUUCAUAAACUGCCGGCCGUUCCAUUCACCGCGGGAGUUCUCCUCGAUCGUCAUGGCGGCUGUUUACAUUCCACCACACGCACGUGCGAGUGAAGCCACGCAGAUGCUGGCUGACCAGGUAACAGACAUGGAGAAACUUCUACUAAAUUCACUAAUCAUUGUUCUGGGUGAUCUUAACAGGGCGAACCUCGCACACAAACUCCCCAGAUACAGACAGCGCGUAACGUGUCCCACCAGAGGGGCACAGACUCUGGACAACUGCUACACCGUGAUCAAGAACGCAUACCACUCUGCGGCUCGUGCAGCUUUAGGACUCUCGGACCACUGUCUAGUUCAUCUGAUCCCGGCCCACAGGCAGAAGUUAAAAACUUCUAAGCCUGUGGUGAGUACUGUGAGGAAGUGUUCAGUGGAGUCAAGGCAGGACCUACAAGCCUGCUUUGACUGCACCGAUUGGGGAGUUUUCGAUGCUGCAACUUCAGACUUGCAUGAACUCACUGACACUGACACAUCAUACAUCAGUUUUUGUGAGGAGCUGUGUGUGAAAACUAAGACCUUCUGCACGUACAACAACGACAAACCUUGGUUUACACCGAACCUCAGGAGGCUGCGCAAAGUCAAGGAGGAGGUCUACAGGAGCGGCGAUUGGGACCUGUUCAAGCAGACCAGAAACACACUGAACCGAGAGGUCAGGAAAGCCAGGAGGUGUUACGGGGAGACCCUGGAGAGACACCUCUCUGCCAAUCCUGAUCCCUUAACAGUGUGGAAAGGUCUGCAGAGCAUCACGGGCUUCAAGAAACGAAUCCCCCGUCCUGUGAAGAGCCCAAGGCUUGCUAACCAGCUAAACAGGUUCUACUGCAGGUUUGAUCGGUUCUCCCAUACAACAGGACCUCUUGCAGAACAAUCUACAUACUCACCUCCCCCCACAACCGCUCUGUCCACACCUCCAUCACCGUCGUCACCUACUCUCUAGCUUGCAGAUGCCGCGCCCGCACUCCAGAUCCGCGAGGAGGAAGUGCGCCAGAUGUUCCGGAGACAAAAGAUCAGGAAGGCACCGGGCCCAGACGGCGUGUCACCUUCUGCUUGAAAGUCUGUGCUGAGCAGCUGGCACCCACGUUUGCACGGAUCUUCAACAGUUCCCUGGAGCUGCGUGAGGUGCCCUCGUGCUUCAAGAUCUCCACCAUUGUUCCAGUGGCCAUGAAGCCCGCCAUUACAGUUUGCCUAGCUGGCAAACCGGUCGGUGGAUGAUGCGGUCAACAUGGGACUGCACUACAUCCUGCACCACCUGGACACCCCAGGAACGUACGCCAGGAUCCUGUUUGCGGACUUCAGCUCAGCGUUCAACACCAUCGCUCCUGACAUCCUCCAACAGAAGCUCAUCCAGCUCGCGGUGCUUGCCUCCACCUGUCAGUGGAUCACCAGCUUCCUGACCAACAGGAGACAGCGUGUGAGGCUGGGGGGUAUCACAUCUGACACCUGGACCACCAACACUGGCGCUCCUCAGGGAUGCGUCCUCUCCCCACUGCUCUUCUCUCUCUACACCAACGAUUUCUCUUCAGGUGACUCUCCUGCGAAACUCCUGAAGUAUGCGGACAACACCACUCUCUUUGGACUGAUCCGGGACGGUAAUGAGACUGCGUAGAGACAGGAGGUGGAGCGGCUGGUCCACUGGUGCAGCCAAAACCACCUGGAGCUGAACUCGCUCAAGACCGUGGAGACACCUACAAGUUCCUGGGAACCACAAUCUCUCGGGACUUGAAAUGGACCGGCCUAAUAGACUCUGUCCAGAAGAAGGCCCAGCAGAGGCUGUACUUCCUGAGACAGCUCAAGAAGUUCAACCUGCCGCGAGAGCUGCU